CUUUACUAGGAAGUAAAGGCCGUGACGACAACAGAUACGCGAAGCUGGAGAUAUGAAUCCGUCAGUUGUUUUUGAUGCAAUGUUUUAUAUUUGGACCUAGAAACAGUCAAUAGAGGAUGAGAGACGUUAGCUUUAAACUGUUGUCAUGGUUCUUGUUGCUGUUCUUCGUGAAUCUGCGCGUGUCAGAGGGUCUCGAACAGGCUAACUCUGCGGACCUUCACAAGAGAGAUGACAACGUCGAGGAGAAUGUGACACAUCAGGAUGAUCCUUCUGGCCAAGGCAAGCAGAUGCUUGAUGAUAAGAGCAAAGAGGCAACAGGAGAUAAGCCGGGCCCCACCGAGCCGCAGAGGGAGAAACAGUCAGUCAGCAAAUCCAAUGAAACUACUGAGGGCUACAGCAAUGAGACCCUCCACUCCACAGCAGCUGCAGCUACUGCUGCUAAGCCCACCACACCAGCACCCCCAUCCCAGAAGCCCAUCCUGCCGGUGCAGACGGGAGUGAAGGCCCAGGAGGAAGAGCAGUCCAGUGGGCUGACUAUUUUCUUCAGCCUGCUUGUUAUCGGUAUCUGCAUCAUAUUGGUGCACCUGCUUAUCAAGUUCAAGCUGCAUUUUCUUCCUGAGAGUGUGGCUGUUGUGUCUCUUGGAAUCCUAAUGGGAGGCUUCAUUAAGAUCAUCGAGUUCCAGGAACUGGCCAACUGGAAGGAGGAAGAAAUGUUUCGACCCAACAUGUUUUUUCUCUUGAUUCUUCCACCCAUCAUAUUUGAAUCUGGAUACUCCUUACACAAGGGCAACUUCUUUCAGAACAUCGGCUCCAUCACCCUGUUUGCUGUGAUUGGAACGGCUAUUUCAGCCUUCAUAGUCGGUGGCGGUAUCUAUUUCCUUGGCCAGGCUGAUGUGAUUUAUAAGAUGACCAUGACAGAUAGCUUCGCCUUUGGAUCGCUAAUCUCAGCCGUGGACCCUGUAGCUACUAUUGCCAUAUUUAAUGCUCUCAACGUGGACCCAGUGCUCAACAUGCUGGUGUUUGGCGAGAGCAUCCUGAACGACGCAGUCUCCAUUGUCCUCACCAACACGGCAGAGGGCUUUUUUUCCCGCUCCGAUAACUCCAUGGUCACAGGCUGGGAGACUUUUGUGCAAGCGCUGGGGUAUUUCCUCAAAAUGUUUUUCGGCUCCGCCGCUCUGGGAACUCUGACUGGGCUCAUUUCAGCCGUUUUUCUAAAACACUUCGACCUGAGGAAGACGCCAUCGCUUGAGUUUGGUAUGAUGAUCAUCUUUGCAUACCUCCCGUACGGCCUGGCAGAGGGCAUCAAACUGUCCGGAAUAAUGUCCAUCCUGUUUGCGGGGAUCGUGAUGUCUCACUACACCCAUCACAACCUUUCCCCCAUCACCCAGAUCCUCAUGCAGCAGACGCUGCGCUCGGUGGCCUUCAUGUGUGAGACGUGUGUGUUUGCUUUUCUCGGCCUCUCCAUCUUCAGCUUCCCACAUAAGUUUGAAAUAUCCUUCGUCAUCUGGUGCAUUGUCCUGGUGCUUCUCGGCCGAGCGGUGAACAUCUUCCCCUUGUCGUUCUUGCUGAACUUUUUCAGAGACCACAAGAUCACACCAAAAAUGAUGUUCAUCAUGUGGUUCAGUGGGUUGCGCGGCGCCAUCCCCUAUGCUCUGAGCCUUCAUUUGGGCUUGGAACCCAUCGAGAAGCGUCAGCUAAUCGGCACCACCACCAUCAUCAUCGUGCUGUUUACCAUCCUCUUCCUCGGGGGCGGGACAAUGCCUCUCAUCCGCAUUAUGGACAUCGAGGAGAGCCAGUCGCGGCGGAAGAGCAAGAAGGAUAUCAAUCUCAGCAAGACGCAGAAAAUGGGUAACACCAUUGAUACUGAGCACCUAUCAGAACUGACAGAGGAAGAGUAUGAGGCUCAUAUCCACCAGAGACAAGAUCUGAAGGGCUUCUUGUGGCUUGAUGCGAAGUAUCUUAACCCCUUCUUCACUCGCAGACUUACACAAGAGGACUUGUUACACGGGCGGAUCCAGAUGAAGACGCUGACCAACAAGUGGUACGAAGAAGUCCGCCAGGGGCCGUCAGGGUCUGAAGACGACGACGACGAAGCAGAGCUUCUGUAAACAAUUUAGUUCCUACGAAAGCAGAUCCCAUCUGUCCUGGGCUGUGGAUGUGUCUGUCGGUGAAGAUGAGCUUCCUCUUCACUGUUAGUCACGGGCGGCUCUAGUUUCUUCACCUGCUGCUAAGGUCAUGUUGGUGAAACGCCUUAGCCGGUGCCCGUGGAGAAUUGUUUUACUGGGUCAAGAACGUGAGAAGUCAUCUUCCGAGUAAAAAAGAGCGAAACUGUAACACAAACAGUGGGUAAAAAAGAAACUUUAUUCUAUUAUUAGUUUCUAAAGAUACUGACUACACUGGCUGUUCCACUGGGCUCCAUUUCCUUUUGAAGACACAGGCGGAGAUGUGUCCUGUUUUUUUUUUUUUACUUUCAUGAUGGUCUUGUCCAAAGGGAAUAGUAGCAAAGAAACUGUGACGGGAAUUUUUAUGUUAAUCAACACCGGGGUGCUUCUUCCCUCUGUGUCUUUUAAUUUUGUCUUUUCUUAUCAGAAUCUUUGGUAAAUUUCACUUAAAGUAAUGGUUUCACUAGGGAUUGGAAAGGAGAAAUAAUAAUAAAAAAAGUCUUGCUUCAAGCAAGAUUUCAGAAGGGGAAUUUUAAAUAAGCUACAUGUUUGCAUACAUUUAAUCCUCACUGUGCCUCUUCAUUUAUAUGCUUUAAUCCGUCGGAGUUAAUUUAUUUUAGAAAACAUACAGGUAAACAUAUGCCAUGAAGCUGAGAAUGCAGAUGAUGAAUGAACCCCCCCCCCCCCCAGCAACAAGGCAGCCAAAAUAAAUUCAGAAGAGAGUUAAAACAAGUGGGACGUGUCGAGGAAAACAAAUCAUUUUAAUUAGAAAGCUUAGUUACGGGAGCAUGAUUAGUCCCCAGAAAAUUGGAAAUUACUUUCAUUUCUGAGUACGAUACCUGCACUUAUCAUUUUCUGGUGAGUUUUCUGAAUCUGCACUGGGUCUGAAGCUGGCCUUUGAGGGUUACUUUUGCAUUUCGCAUACAGAUGCGUACAAAUGAAUGUGAGGUAGAUGAUACUGGUUUAAUGUCCAUUUGCUGCUGUUUUCUGUAUUUAUUUAACAGAGGUAUUUAUCCACUUUUUGUCGGGUUUUGUAUACGAUUCUGUGGUCAUCACAGGAUUACUGGAAAAUAAAGAAUCUAUAUUAAAUCCCCUAUGCACUAAA